AUGGAGCCAAGACAACCAGGCCAAGGCGGAAGUGAGAUGAUAAUCGAGAAUCAUUCAACGGGCCCAGCAACAUGCUCACACGAACAGUCUGUACCGGUUGGAGCCGGCGAUUGCAGCCAGGCUCUCAAGGCCAUCUUGCGGGCGAACGGAUAUGCUGGGGGCCGGAAACAAGGCAACCGACAAAUGGAGGUACAGACAUGA